CGUCCUCAGCAGCGAUGGGGGGGUAGGGGCGCUUCAUUUCCUGUCCCAAAGCAGGUCCUGGCCCCAGUGCCGCGUCCCGCAGCAGGCUGCCAUGGAGGGGGCCCCUGCGCCCCGCCGGCCCCCGCGCCCCUGAGCCCCCCGGCAUGUGGCUGGCCGUGGCCUUGGCCUUGCUGUGGGCCGCCCUCAUGGAGGCCGGCGGGGUGGAGCGGUCGGCGGCGGACACGGUGGUGGCGUGGCGAGAGUAUCGGCAGGAGUGCGAGCGACGCCUGCGGGACCAGCCCCCGGCCCUGGGGCUCGUGUGCAACCGCACGUUUGAUAUGUACGCCUGCUGGGACGACGCCACGCCCAACACCACGGCCCGGGUGCCCUGCCCCUGGUACCUGCCCUGGCACCACCACGUGCGGGACGGAUCCGUGCUGCGCCGCUGCGGCCCCGACGGGCGCUGGGUCGCGGAGCCGGGGGGGCCGCCCUGGCACGACAACGCGCAGUGCGAAGCCCCCGCCCCCGAGCUGCCCCUGCAGCACCAGGCCUGGCUGCUGGAGCGCGGGCGCCUCGUCUACACCGCGGGCUACUCGCUGUCUCUGGCCGCGCUGCUCCUGGCGCUGCUGCCGCUGCUCGCCUGCAGGCGGCUCCGCUGCACCCGCAACCGCAUCCACGCGCAGCUCUUCGGCUCCUUCGUGCUCCGCGCCGCUGCCGUCCUGGCCCGCGACGAGCUGCUGCGGCGCCUCCUCGCGCGCCCCCCGCGGCCCCCGGGCGCCCCCCCCGCGCUGCCGGGCCAGGCCGUGGCCAGCUGCCGCCUGGCGCAGGUGCUGACCCAGUACGGGGUGGGCGCCAACCACUGCUGGCUGCUGGCCGAGGGGCUGCACCUCCACGCGCUGCUGGCGCUGCGGGGCACCGAGGACGGCCGCCUGCCCGCCUACCUGCUGCUGGGCUGGGGUGAGUGCCCGCGGCGGGCGGCGCGUCUACACCAGGGCCGCCCGCGCCGGCCCAGCCCCGCACUCACCGCCGCCCCCGCAGGGACCCCGGUGCUGUUCGUGGGCCCCUGGGCCGUGGUGCGGUACCUCUACGAGAACACGCAGUGCUGGGAGCGGAUCGACAACCGCGCGCACUGGUGGAUCGUGCGCUGCCCCCUCCUGCUGGCCGUGCUGGUGAACUUCGUGCUGUUCGUGCGCAUCCUGCGGGUGCUCGGGGCCAAGCUGCGGGCGCCGCACGGGCGCUGCCCCGACUACAAGCUGCGGCUGGCCCGCUCGACGCUGACGCUGGUGCCGCUGCUCGGCAGCCACGAGCUGCUGUUCGCGCUCCUGCCCGAGGCGCCGCGCGGGGCCCUGCGCUUCGCGCGCCUCUUCCUGCACCUCUUCCUCAGCUCCUUCCAGGGGCUGCUCGUCAGCGUCCUCUACUGCUUCCUCAACAAGGAGGUGCAGGCCGAGCUGCGGCGGCAGUGGCAGCGGUGCCAGCUGGGCCGGAGCCUGCAGCGGGCGCGGGGCCGGGGCCGGGGCUGCAGGCACGGGCCAGGCUGCGGCUGCGGCCGCGGCCCCGGGACCCCGGCCCGGCUGCGGCCCGCGGGGGGCCAGGAGGAGCCGGCGCCCGGCGCCGGGGGCCCGCCCGGGGCCGAGCUCUCCGAGAGCACCUGCUAGCGCUGGCCGGGCCCCUGCUCCCUGCCCCGGGGCGGCUCCGUGCCUCCUCGGCCAGGCCCGCCUGGGGGGCGCCGUGUGGGCCCGGACUCCCCGUCGUUGCUUGCAUUCAUUAAACCCUCCGUUGAACUCUG